AUGGCGUUUAUUCAGAUGAAGAGCAUCGCUGCGAGUAUUAUCGAAGAGUUCAGUCUGCAGGUGGACCGCGAAUGGAAUCCCAAGUACGUUGCCAUGAUCACGGCUAAAAUGGAGAAGGGGCUUCCGAAACACAUCAAUACUGGGCCUACGUCUUAUCCAAUUCUGGGUUCAUUAAUUGCUUUCCUGAGUAACCGAAGCAGGCUCACAGAAUGGCUGACGGAGCUUCUCGAACACGCUCCCUUCAACAUCAUCACUUUUCAUCGCCCCGGAAUAAAUGUUAUCACGGCCGAUCCAGGCAAUGUGAAGCACCUUCUCAAGACCCGUUUUGAGAAUUAUCCCAAGGGCAACUAUUUCAGGCUCCUCCUCAACGAUCUGCUCGGCACCGGAAUUUUCAACACAGACGGCGCUCCCUGGAAAUUGCAGAGGCGAGUGGCCAGUUACGAGUUCAGCACCAACUCUUUGCGCGACUUCAUUGCGGAGAGCGUGCAUAACGAGAUCACCAAUCGCCUUCUGCCACGGCUCAGAAAAGUUGCUGCCACCAACCAGCGGGGGGAGAAUCGGCUGGAUAUGCAGGACGUCUUCAAGCGAUUUGCCUUCGACAACAUAUGUCAGGUGGCAUUCGGCAUGGACCCCGCUUGCCUCGACAUUUCUCUACCUCUCUCAGAAUUCUCAGAGGCCUUUGAUGUCGCCACGAAUUUGAGCCUGAAAAGAUUCACGGAUCCCCUGCCCUACCUGUGGAUGCUCAAGCACUUCGUCAACGUCGGCUUACGCCAGGCAAUCCACUUCAUUCAUAACUUCGCGCAAGACAUAAUCGAGGCGAGGAAGGACACUCCGUCUUCCGCGCUCACCUGGUUCUUUUGGCUCCUCUCCUCUCAUCGCCGAGUCGAAAACAUCUAUGUAGAAAUUACACGCAUUAUUGCUGCCAGACAAGAGAUCAGUUCCUUUUUCUCUUAUGAGGAAUUGAAGCAGAUGAAGUAUCUGCAGGCUGCUCUAUGUGAAUCGAUGAGGGCAAGGACAUUCAUCGUAAGAGUUUUGUCAGAUGGUGUAGCUGCAACUUCCCUGGUCGACAUGUAUGCAAAAUAUGUAAGCAUUGACAAGUUGGCAGAUGUGAAGCCAAAUUCUGCAACUUUUGCUGGCAUCCUCCCAGCCUGUGCCAAAUGGGAGCUUUGGGACAGGGUAUGGACAUCCUUCAAAGCAUAA